UGGAUCUUUGCUGGACUGAGGUCAAUCAACGGGUGUAACGGGGACUGAAGAGUGAUCAUCCUCAAGAUGAGGACUGAUGUUCUGCAGCUGGUUGUGGGCUUGUGUGUGUUGACCGUGACGUCUUCAUUCAAAAUCUGCGCUUUCAACAUUCAGAGCUUUGGAGAGGCAAAGGCAAACAACAAGAAGGUUAUGGGGAUUUUACUGAAGACCCUGUCUCGGUGUGACUUGUGUCUUAUUCAGGAGGUUCGAGAUUCCAAAGGAGAAGCUAUACAAACUUUGGUUAAAGAUCUUAACAGAUUUGACAAAUCCAACUCAUACUCUUAUGUGGAGAGUGAAAGGCUGGGGAAGAAAACCUAUAAGGAACAGUACGUCUACGUUUACAGGAACAACAUGUUGAAGGUCAAAGAGCAUUAUCAGUAUCCUAAACUGGACAAAGGGACAAAUGAAACUGAUAUUUUCUCUCGUGAGCCUUUCAUUGUUCGCUUUCACUCUCCCACAACAUUGGUGAAGGAUUUUGUCUUGAUUGGCCAGCACACCAGUCCAAAAACUGCCAUGAAGGAGAUGGAUGAGCUGUACACGGUCUUUAAAGAAGUUUACAAGAAGUGGAAGACAGAUAAUGUGAUGAUCCUGGGGGACCUCAACGCUGGCUGCAACUACGUCACCAUCCGAGGCUGGAGAGACAUACGUUUGAGGAGUGACCCCAGGUUUCUGUGGCUAAUUGGAGAUGAACAUGACACAACUGUCCGGAGGAAGACACGUUGUGCCUAUGACAGGAUUAUUGUCCACGGACGUGAAAUUAUUUCCAGCGUAGUGCCAGGUUCAGCUCAACCGUUCAACUUUAAAGAGAGUUUCCAUCUCACAGAGGAGGAGGCUCUUGAGGUGAGUGACCACUUUCCAGUAGAAGUGGACCUGAAGCCCAACCAUCGCUACCUCCUCCGCCAUGAGCUCUGAACCACUUAGGACAACUAUUUACAAUCCAAUUCAAUUAUGAAUGUUAUGAAUAAAUUAUUAAAUGAUGUAGUUUUACUUGAUUUUAACUGUUACAAUAAAGCAAAGUG